AUGCCUCCGCCCCUCCAGCAAGCACUGGAAGGCCACACCAGACACGCCGAGACCAAAAAUGUUAACGAGUGUGAAGCGACCCGGCCCUCCAGCAGCGCCUCCCACAUGUCCCCGGCGCUUAUCAGGGGCGUGGCGUCCUCCCUAGUGACCCAAGAAAACGAAAAGAACCUGAAACUUAGCGAUCUAGACACGCCAGACCUGUUUGGAAGUGAUAGACUCGCACGCCGACUGUCUUCUGUUCUGUCAUCUACUACUACUGCCACUACUGCCCCCACCACGCCCUCCACUGCCCCGCCCCCGCGCCAGAGCCAGGCCAAGAUACUCUCCCAGCUGCUGGAUGACAAGGAGGAGGUGGAGGAGAGGAAGGAGGAGAGCAAAAGGAGUGUAGAUAAAGAGGAGUUUGAGAAAGGAGAUGCCAGCAGUGACUUGGGUUCCGAAGAACUGAUAGGGUACGGCGGGGAUGUGGACUACGGGGACGACGAGGAGGAGGGCUAUCAGGACGAGGAUGACGAAGAUGACGAUGACGAGGACUUCUUUGAGGACCUGGCCAGCUUGACGCCCCAGGAGAGGAUGCUGCGAAGGGAGACUAUGAAGAACACGGAAUACAACUCUGAUAACAAGAACCUAAGCAAGGAUAUACCGGAGGAUGAGAUUCUGCCUUCUGUUCAGGAGCUGGAGGAGAAACGAAAGCUUAUCCUGGCGGAGAUAGAGGCGCUGGAGAGACUGGGGAGGGAAAACAAGCUACGCAAUGAGAAGGCGAAGGAGGUGGUGAAGGAGGCGGUGCAGGAGGACGCCACCAAGCAAGAAGCGCGUGUUAAGCUCAAAAGAUCAUCUCCUUUAGUCUCCACGAAGCCUCUGAUCGCUCGCACGUCCUCUUCGGAGCCUCGAGUCAACCAGGUCCUGCCCAUGAAGAACGGCGAAGUAGUGAGGCCUGGUGUGACGGCCCCUGUGGGUGCCCCGCUUAUAGACGCCCCGCCGAAGUACGUGUCAAGGGAGGAGGAGAUGGUGGAGAAGGAAAUCCCGCUGCAGGAAAGACCGGAGGAGGGAAAGAACACGCACAAAGUGACCUCCAUUGAUGACGUGUACGAGGUCAAGGAGAAAGUGACGUGUUUAGAUGUUUGCAGGCCCAAGAAGGAUGCCUCGCCUUCCCCCCCUCCGUCAGGUAGUGCCACGGAGCCCCCAGCAGUCCCCAGGCCCACCACAGCGCCCCCUGCCCGCCCUGCACCCCCUAGCAAGGCCCCAGCAGUCAGGAAGUCCCUCACGAAUGGAACCGCGAAAAAGGAACCAGUUUUACGACGAACCUCCACCACUACCUCUACCACCACCUCUACCACCACCACCACCGCCACGACAGAGCAGAAGGGGGUGAAGAAGGAAGGCUCACCAUCUCCCACCACGAAGUCUGAUCCCUCUACAGUAUCCUCACACACGGAGAGUCAAGCGAAGGAGUUGAGUGUGAGUCAGGGUGAGUCAGGUGCCCCUAGUGCCUGUGACUCGCCGCGCCUGGUGACUCAGAGCUCCCUAGAGUCCACCAAGGCCCCAGGGGCGUAUGAGGACCCCUACAGCUGCCCUGCUAACUUGGUGGCUCCAGCAACACCAGAUUUCCUGAGGGAGAUCAAGACGCCCCCAGAGGUACCCACCCCUACAGCAGGCAUCUCUAAGUCUGCCUUGUAUGCAUCCACCUCCUGCCUCAAGGGACUCCCCGGGGCAAGGCCUGUCAUCACCCCCAAGCCGCCCAUGCUCAAAGAGAAACCCCGCGUGCCCUUGAAACCCCCACCAGCCACCAGGGGUAUCUAUGCCACGCCAGCACCUGUCACCCCUAAGGUCCCCAUCACGGGUCUCUCUGGGGCAGUCUCCACGCCCAACCCUUGCAAUCCGGCGGGGACUCAGCGAUCUCGCCAGGACCCAAGCAGGCCACACCCACCUGUCACCCAUGCCCUCAGCCACCCCCGUCAGGAAGGAGGCUGUGUAUGA